AUGAUGUGCGAGGUGAUGCCCACCAUCUCCGAGGAUGGCCGGGCGGGGGGCGGAGGGCCGUCAUCUCCCGCCGGAGGGGGCGGCGGGAUGGGAGGCGGCAUGGGGGGCAUGGGGGGCGGCGGCUACGGGGGUCGGGACGGGCGCGGCAGCAGCAGCAGCGGCGGCGGGGACGAGGGGGGCAGCACGGGCAACCUGGAGUCCCUGAUGGUCAACAUGCUGGCGGAGCGCGAGAGGCUCCUGGAGAACCUGCGGGAGACCCAGGACAGCCUGGGAACCGCCCAGCUGAGGCUGCGCGAACUGGGCCACGAGAAGGACUCGCUGCAGCGCCAGCUCUCCAUCGCCCUGCCACAGGAGUUUGCUGUACUGACCAAAGAGCUGAAUGGGUGUCGUGAGCAGCUCCUGGAGAGGGAAGAGGAGAUCGCCGAACUCAAGGCUGAGAGGAACAACACGCGGCUGUUGCUGGAGCAUCUGGAGUGCCUGGUGUCUCGUCAUGAGCGCUCCCUGAGGAUGACGGUGGUGAAGCGGCAGGCCCAGUCCCCGGCCGGCGUGUCCAGCGAGGUGGAGGUGCUCAAGGCCCUCAAGUCCCUCUUCGAGCACCACAAAGCCCUGGACGAGAAGGUGCGGGAGAGGCUCCGCGUAGCCCUGGAGCGUGUGUCAGUGCUGGAGGAGGAGUUGGAGUCCUCCACCCAGGAGGUGCACUCUCUAAGAGAACAGAUCAAAAGACGACAGCAAGGCAUAGAUAAUGGAAAAGAGCGGCUGCCAAAUGGACCCUCUAUUUUGGACGACGGCGAGAUGGACAGACAGAGGGAGGGAGAGAUCGAACGACAGAGGGCAGAGCUCGCCCAGCUGAAAGAAAGACUGGCCCUCAUGUGCCGACAGGUGGGGGAGGUGGAGGAGCAGUUGGCAGCAGCCAGGAGGGAGGUGACCAAGUCUGAGGAGGCCAAUCAGAAGCUCCAGAGAGAUGUGAAAGAGGCUCUGUGCCAGAGGGAGGACAUGGAGGAGAGGAUAACUACCUUAGAACGCAGGUACCUCAGUGCCCAGAGGGAGGCGACAUCCCUCCACGACAUCAAAGACAAGCUGGAGAAUGAGCUGGCCAGCAAAGAGUCCCUCUACAGACAGAGCGAGGAGAAGAACAGGCAGCUGCAGGAGCGUCUGGACGAUGCCAAGCAGAAGCUGCAGCAGACCCUCCAGCGGGCCGAGACCCUCCCCGAGAUAGAGGCCCAGCUCGCACAGAGGGUGGCAGCACUCAACAAGGCUGAGGAGCGCCAUGGCAACUUUGAGGAGCGUCUGAGGCAGCUGGAGGCACAACUGGAGGAGAAAAAUCAGGAGCUACAGAGAGCCAGGCAGAGGGAGAAGAUGAACGAUGAACACAACAAGCGUCUGUCCGACACGGUCGACAAACUGCUGUCCGAGUCCAACGAGAGACUGCAGCUGCACCUCAAGGAGAGGAUGGCUGCCCUGGAGGAAAAGAAUGCUCUGGGUGAGGAACUGGCCAACAUGAAGAAGAUUCAAGAUGAUCUCCUGGCAAACAAGGACCAGCUGAUUGCAGAGCUGGAGAGGCUGCAGCUAGAGCUGGAUCAGCUGCGAGGAAGGCCUGGCUCCUCCUACUCGCGGUCCCUUCCUGGUAGUGCUUUGGAGCUGAGGUACUCCCAAGGGGGUGGAUCCCUCCCAGCAGGCUCCACUGCCCACCUCGAUCACUAUGGCAACACUGGCACAGGGGGUGUGGUCAGGCGGACCCAUCGCGGCCGCUGGGGAGCAGCACGAGAGGAGAGCAACAAGUACGGCGAUUGGGACAGUCCAGCUCUGCUGGGUCCCGGGUUCGACGGUGCCGGGGACGUCGGCUCGGAUGACGAUGAGGAUCGCGACUUCGGCUCGGAGCUGCUCUCGCCCAGCGGCCAGACGGACGUCCAGACCCUCGCCAUCAUGCUGCAGGAACAGCUGGAGGCUAUCAACAAGGAGAUCAAGUUGAUCCAGGAGGAGAAGGAGAGCACGGAGCUGCGUGCGGAGGAGAUCGAGAGUCGCGUGAGCAGCGUGGCGCUGGACGGUCCCCCGAUUCCCCCCUCCUCGCUGGGCCGCGACCGCGCCCUCAUCCCCCCCUCCUUCACCUCCUCCACCCUGGCCUCCCCCUCCCCGCCCAGCUCCGGACACUCCACCCCGCGACUGCCACACUCCCCCGCCCGGGAGACCUCCGAUAGACAGAACAACAAGGAUGACGAGCGCUCGCUGGCCCUGCUGGACUCCACCCCUCCCCCCACCCCACGCAACCUGCCUCUGGACCGCAUGACCCACACACACCCCGGGGCCCUGCUCCGCGACGACGGCGGACACUACCGCAGUCUGUCGGCUGACGGCUCGAGCUCCAACAGCAGUCAGGACUCACUCCACAAAUCAAGCAAAAAGAAGAGCAUCAAGUCUUCCAUCCGCGGCCUCUUUGGGAAGAAGGAGAAAGGGAGGAUGGGUCAGCCUGGACGGGAGCCCGCUUCUCAGGCCUCCACCCCGUCAGAUGACCUGGGUUCAGUAGAUCUUAGUGGUCUGCCCAAGAUGGGCACGGGGACGGUGGAGAAGGCACGCCGCAGCAAGAAGAAGCAUGAGCUAUUGGAGGAGGCGUGUCGUCAGGGCCUGCCCUUCGCGUCCUGGGACGGCCCCACUGUGGUGUCCUGGCUGGAGCUGUGGGUGGGCAUGCCGGCGUGGUAUGUGGCGGCGUGUCGCGCCAACGUCAAGAGCGGUGCCAUCAUGGCCAACCUGUCGGACACGGAGAUCCAGCGGGAGAUUGGCAUCAGCAACCCGCUGCACCGCCUCAAGCUGCGCCUCGCCAUCCAGGAGAUGGUGUCCCUCACCAGCCCCUCCGCCCCCGCCAGCACACGCUCUUCCACCAGUAACGUGUGGAUGACGCACGCCGAGAUGGAGUCCCUGACUGCGGCCACCAAACCAGAGCUGAAAGAGAUCAGUUGGGACCAGAUCCUGGCCUAUGGGGAUAUGAACCAUGAGUGGGUGGGUAAUGACUGGCUGCCCAGCCUGGGCCUGCCUCAGUACCGCAGCUACUUCAUGGAGUCCCUGGUGGACGCGCGCAUGCUGGACCACCUGACCAAGAAGGAGCUGAGGGGACAGCUCAAGAUGGUGGACAGCUUCCAUAGGGUCAGCCUGCAUUACGGCAUCAUGUGCCUGAAGCGCUUGAACUACGACCGCAAAGAGCUGGAGAGAAGGAGAGACGAGAGCCAGCACCAGAACAAAGACGUGAUGGUGUGGUCCAACGAGCGCGUGAUGUGCUGGGUGCAGAGCAUCGGGCUGAAGGAGUACGCCGACAACCUGACGGAGAGCGGCGUGCACGGGGCCCUGCUGGCCCUCGACGACACCUUCGACUACACAGACCUGGCCCUGCUCCUACAGAUACCCAACCAGAACGUACAGGCACGGCAGCUUCUGGAGAAGGAAUACAACGCCCUCAUCUCCAUGGGAACCGAGAGGAGACCAGAUGAGGAUGGCACAAAGACGUUCACGCGCUCCCCGUCGUGGAGGAAGAUGUUCCGGGAGAAGGAUCUGCGCGGCGUGACCUCGGACUCCUCGGAGACGUUGCCCGCCAACUUCCGAGCCUCGGCCAUCUCCACGCCCUCCGUCACACUGAGGAAGGUCCAGAGCGAGGUGAACUCAGGACCGCGGGGGGAGUCUGGUUCAGUGAGGACCUACUCCUGCUGA